CUCAAAGGCCAAUAACUCUAUAUAAUAAUUUGACAAAACCAGUUGGAGAGAAAUGUCCAACUUCAAAGAAGAUAUUUUGUCAGAAUUUAAGUCAAAGAUAAAUGAAGCAGUAUCUCUUGUGUCCAAAAUUCCAGUGGAACAAAAAGCAGAAGUGUGGAAUUUCUGGGAGCUAAUUACAAUAACUGUUAAGUUAUUUACUCAAGUCUAUGUAGAAGAUCAUGUUAGUAUAGACACAAGAAGAAGCCAUGACGUUACUAUUGAAAAAUCUGACCAUAUUAAGGAUACUUCAGAAAAUAAAUCAAAGACUUUUCAGAAGAAUAGAGGAAGGUUAAAGAAACAAUCCAAUGCAAGUAACAUUGUAAAUAUUAAAGUAGAUAACAAAUAUGAAAGUGAUGAAAAAAACACAAUAGAUAAGUAUGAGGCUCAUAGUGAUUCUGACAACGAUUCCGUCAGGCAUGACGUUAAGACAAUAGAUUUCACUGACCUCAUUUCUUAUCCUAGUAGUGUUGAUACUGUAGUACAACAUGAUGAGACAGCCUCAAUGACGGGGAUGCAGUCAUGUAGUACACCCUCCACAACAAUAGUACCUCACACUGAUGAUAUCAACAAUUCACCAGAGACAAUUAUUGUUAAAGUACAUGUACCUCAGUCUGAUAAUUCAUCAGCCUCAGUGGAUAUAGAAGGUAACAAUGAUUCUUCUGCUUCAUCUCAGGUCAACAAGACAUUUGAUUCUUCAGUGACAAUGCAUUUGAAAAUUAUAGAAAAUACAGAAGAAUUGUCAGAGACAGAAACUGCAACUUUAAUCAAUGAUGUGAAUUCAUCAACCUUAAAUAGAGAAACAAGGGAAAACAGUUUAGAUUCAUCAACAACAGAAAACUCAGCACAUAAAACGGAUUCAUUUAUGUUAGAAACUGAAAGUUCCAGCAGUGAAGGCGGUCUGUCUGUGUCAGGAAGUGAUCCUUUGGAUACAAAUAAAAACAAUGAUUCAGGAAUAAAAAUCAUUCAUGCAGAAAUAAUUCAGACAGAUGUAGUGAAAUCAAGAGAUAAAGAAAAUAAAGUCCCACCAUUAACAUUACGAAAGGCAAGAAAAGUGAGUAAGGAUGAAGCUAUGUACAUUACAUGUGAUGAUAUUGACUCAGACCAAGGUGUUAGAUACCUCAACAAGAAAACAGAGCAACCAGUUACAUAUCUUGAUAGAAGGAGCUGUCGACAGAAGAGGAAGGUUCAACAUGAAGAGUAUGUAUACGAAGUGGCUGCAGAAAGAAAGAAAAAAAGAGAAAUACAGAAAAAAGAAGACCCAUUUAGAUGUGAUGUUUGUGGUAGAAAGAUGUCCAAUCUUACUGCAUUAAAAGCUCAUUCCAGGCACCAUUCUGGUCAACGACCAUAUGCUUGUACUAUUUGUGGUAGGACAUUUUCUACUAAUGGUAACCGCCUCAGACAUGAGAAGUCUCAUGCUGGUGAUAAAGAAUUCCAGUGUAUUGAAUGUAACAAAUGGUUCACAUCUGCUACAAACUUAGAGGUCCACAGAAGGGUUCAUACUGGGGAAAAACCUUUUAUGUGUGAACUUUGUGACAAAAGAUUUACACAACAGGGAUCAUUGAAAGCUCACUUAGAUCUACACAAAGGAGAGAAGAAUUAUCUCUGCACUGUGUGUGGUAGAGCUUUCACACAGAAAACAAACCUAGAAUCUCAUCUUCUGAGACACAACAAAAGCAACAGAAGUUACAAAUGUCCAAAUUGUAGCUAUUCUUUCUUUACAAAAGGUGAAUUGGACAGACAUUCUUUUAAGCAUACAAAGGAAAAGCCUUAUUUAUGUGAUUAUUGUCCAAAAUCUUUUACAAGGUCCCAGUACCUGAAUGAUCACAAAAUUUUACAUGUAAACCCAACACCUUACUCAUGUAAAAAAUGUGAAGAGACUUUUGCUGAUUUAUCAUCAUUGAGAAAACACAAACAAUGGCAUAGAGUUAUUGAAUCACAAGAACAGGAAGGGGAAGUAACUGAUGAACAAGAGGAGAUAACUGAUGACCAAGAAGAAAUACAGGAAAGUAUUCAGCAAACUUGUAUUGUGACUAGAGAUAUAUCAGGAAGGAAGCAGAUUAUAAUGUCAACUGAUACAGAUCUGCCAGCUGAUGUUCUCCAGCAAUUUGUUGAUGGUGGCCAUCUUGAAUCUGAGGUUACACAUAUUGUACCUAUAAUGGAUAAAGAUGGCAGUAUUACACAUGUGGAUUCUUUAGACGAAGGAUCUCAAGAUAUUUAUCAGAUAACAUUCCUAGAUGCCAAUUCAGACUCUGAACAUUCUAAUAUAAUAGCUGCUGUUGAUUUUUCAGCAAUGAAUUUGUUAGCAAAUGCAACUGCAAAUCAAUUUAGUUAAUCAACUUUAUUUAUUGAGAAAUAACUGUAACAAUAUAUUUUUAUACAUAUAUGUAUCCAAUCUGUGUAUUGAUUGUGAAAGAAGAUAUAAAAUUAAAUGAAAAACCUCAAUAGAUAUGCUUAUACACUGCUUUUACAUGUAUAACUUAACACAUUACACUAAACCACCAUAGUAUAACCAGUGGCGGAUCCAGGAAUUUUCAUAAGUGGGGGCCCACUGACUGACCUAAGAGGGGGCCCGCUUCAGUCACGCUUCAGUGAUUCCCUAUAUAAGCAACCAAAAUUUUUCCCAAAAAGGGGGGGCCCGGGCCCCCCCUAAAUCCGCCUCUGUAUACACAGAAAUAUCAUACCCUUUGAACACAUUACGCUUUAUGGUUAUACACAUAAAUCUCAUAACAUUACAUAUAACACUAUUAAAAUGAAUGUACUCAGUAAUUUCAUAUUUUUAUACAUUAACAUUGAAUGUCUAUACAUAUUUAACACACAUUUUGACGAUUGGCUUUUCUGAGUACCCUAAAUUUCUAUGAUUUUUGUUAAGCCUCAAAUAUAUUGUCACACAAGCCAAACCUAUAGAUUCUCCAUUUUGUUGUUGCCAGCAGCUUCCAGCAAUCAAGUUCACCCGAGAUUAAAAGGUUAUAUACAUUUAAGGUAAUACAUUUUACCACCAUUGAUUUUCCUGUAUAUAAAAAGUCUGUUGCGUUUUCAAAAUAUUGUGCAGAAUUUAUCUUUGUUUCAAAUAAAGAAAUACU